AUGGCCUUGGAAUCGUAUGAUCUCACUGACGCUGUUAAAAAUGGUUUUAGAGCCUGUGGCUUAUAUCCAUUCAACGCUGAUGCAGUUAACUAUAAUGUUUUAAGCAAGAAGAGUAAGAAGAAAGACGCAAGCAUUAAUCUACAUUUAACCAACAAUUCAGAUCAAGACAGUAUCAUAAAGAAUACAGAACUUUUAGCUAUGUUUGAAAAAUAUGUUAUUUCUCCGGAUAUCAUAGAGUCUUUCAAACAAGCUGAAUCAGAAAACAAAUGGAAUGGUGAUGUGAAAUAUGUGGCAUUAUAUGAAUCUUGGCUUAAGCUGAAAAAACUAUGUAAUGAAAUGCAUGAUGUACCUUCAAAUGAAGCUCUAACAGUUGACAAUUCAUUACCAGCUGAUCAACCAAUACCAAAUGCUGAUUUGAUUGGUAUGGCAAUUAAUAACGCAUCCGGAGCAACUGAUGAAACCAUGCUUGAUGCUUCAAGUCAUUCCGACAACCAGCUGGACUUGUCUGUUAUCAACGCAGCGGAUGAAAACUCAUUGGACAUGAAGUUAAUUGAGGUGUACGAUGAACUGGGCAAUCGUGUAACAGCCACAGUUAUAGCAAUAAAUGUUGAUGAUGUGACUAUGAGCAGCGACAGCUCCCCAAGUAGCGUAGAUAUCAGAGUUGACAGUCAACUUGUACCGGAAGAAAAAAAUAAAGAUGAUUUGGAUAAGACUGACAGUGAAGAGUUUAAUAGUGACUCGAAUAGAGAAUCAAGUAGUUCUCAUUGUUUGAAUAUAUCAAACAAAGAUGAGGUUCUGGAUUUCACGAUAACUUCCGAAGGUACCAAUGAGUCUGAGAAUACUGUAAAUACAGAGCAAGAAGACUCUUAUGAUUCUGUUAAAGCUCCUGUACAGACUGAUAUCUUAGAAAAAACUAGUCCUGUGUUUGGAACUUCUGUAUUAAGCAAACACAAUUCUAUAAAUGUCAUAAAUGACAAUAACAGUCACCUAAGCAUCAACGAAGAAUCUAACUCAAGUACUUGUGGAAGUAAAAAUGAUAUACAAAUAUCACCUAAGCUACAAGAAUUUUUCCCUGUACCUACGUUUACGAAGAAGAGAAAAAAAAGUACAUCUAAAAAUACCCCAACUGUGGCUGUUGUUGACGACCUGUUGAUAGCGAUGCAACAGAAAGAAGCAGAAAAAAAAGAAAAAGGGCAACAAAUUUUAUUGAACAAACAAGAAAGGGAAAAGGCGAAAAUAAUAAGAGACAAAGAAACAACUAUUGUGAAGCAAUAUAAUGAAAAUAAGAAGAAAAAAAUACAAAAGAAGAAAGAACUUAAAUUACAAAUACAAAAUUUAAAGAAGGCAAUCAAAUCGGAAAACAGCAAAGAAAAUGUUGGUCCCUUAACAGAGCGGCUCCAGAAAGUGAAUGCCGAAUUAGCUGAAUUGGAAAAUUUAUUCAUUCUAGAGGAAAUGGAGUUUUUACAAACAAAAAUUAAAGUAAAAAAAGAAAAAUGUGAUUCCACUGUAUGA